ACCUGCUCUGUUACGUGCCGCUCUAGGAGUGCUGGUUCUGUCCUGGUACCCGCCCGGCCUAGCAGACGACAACGGGGAGCCGUCGGACAGCCUCGUGCCCUCCAUACUGGACACCGCGCACAGAUACGCCAUAAAGGUUGCCUUUCAUAUCCAGCCAUACAAAGGGCGCGAUGACCACACCGUGCAUGAGAACAUCAAAUACAUCGUGGACAAAUACGGAUCACACGCAGCUUUUUAUAAGUACAAGACCAGCACCGGCAAGAGUCUCCCGCUGUUUUACAUCUAUGAUUCCUACUUGACACCAGCUGAAUCCUGGGCCAACCUUCUCACACCAUCAGGCUCCCACUCUCUCCGCAACACCGCUUACGACGCCAUGUUCAUAGCGCUGCUGGUGGAGGAGGGACACAAGCACGAUAUCCUCUCAGCAGGGUAUGACGGCAUGUACACGUACUUUGCGUCCAACGGUUUUUCUUUCGGCUCAUCCCACCAGAACUGGAAAGCAAUCAAAACUUUCUGCGACUCCAACAACCUGAUGUUCAUCCCGAGCGUUGGCCCAGGCUACAUCGACACCAGCAUUCGCCCCUGGAACAACCACAACACUCGGAACAGAGUCAACGGGAAGUACUACGAAACAGCUCUGCAGGCUGCUCUCACGGUCAGGCCUGAGAUUGUCUCCAUCACGUCCUUCAACGAGUGGCACGAAGGCACCCAGAUCGAGAAAGCUGUACCCAAGAAGACGCUGACGCGCCUUUAUCUGGACUACCUUCCUCAUCAGCCGAGCAUGUACCUGGAGCUGACUCGCAGGUGGGCAGAACAUUUCAGCAAAGAGAAAGAGCAGUGGUUGAUGUAACUUCAGGAUUUGCCUUA